AUGGAGGCCCUGCUAUUCUUCAGAAUGCCUUCCUCGGAAUUAUCCACCCGAAUCAUCCUCAUCCCUCUGAUGAUGCACUUGGUCCAGGCAGCGAGAAAAUGGGACUAUGAACCCAUUUCCAUCGAAACCACCUCCUCGGAUGACAGCCAGCUGGACUUUGUGGCCAAAAUAGAGCGGAUGGGACGCGGGGAGUUCGGAAUGACGGGCUACGUGGAUUGGAAGUACGAUGCCGACGAGAACACUAUGGUGGAAGCUUCGGCCUAUCGCAGCAGCUCCGGUGACGAAAGCGACUACAAGCUGCUACCUUGGUCCAUUCCGAAGCAGCCCUUCUUCGAGUAUCUCAACACCUACUACAAGGACGUGGUGGUCAAGAACCUGGGGCACUGCUCCAACAUCCCGCAGUUCGAGGGCAAGUUCCAGCCCCCCUGGCCGAAGGACAAGUUCAUCAUCACCAAGUGCCAGGUCGACGGGGAUGGCCUGCCCGAGAUAGCCCCUCCUGGCUACUACAAGGUCAUAUUCACCACCUAUGGUCCGGAUCAGCCCAAGUGGGGUCUCACUGGGAUCUUCAAGCUGACCAACAAAAUGUUUUGAGGAUCCAGAUGGGAAAUCCUAAUUUUCAGGGUGAUUUCAAAUAAAUAUUA